CUUCAUUUCCCUCAUUUUUUAAUAUAACCUUCUUUUCCUGAUACCCCCCAUAACGUUAUAUAAUUAUGUCAUUACAGGACGUAUCUGUCAGUCUUUCAAGGUUAGCUUUGGCAAAAGCUAUCAAAACGCCCGACACAUCCGAUCAUGGAGAAGACAAUUGGGAGAAAAGUGUCAUUUUUCACCAAUCGCACAUCAACGACAACAUGAGAAAAUCUAUUAUAUUACCGCCAAACUCUUCCCAUUUAAUAGAGGAUGUGUUGCAACAAACCGCCGUUAAUAAUAGACGAAGCAUGCAGCAGCAACAGCAACAACAACAACAGCAGCAUUCACACUAUAGACGGCAACACCAGCAACAGCAAAAACAUAGUCAUCUUCAACAUCUUCAUCAGAACAGUCACCCUCCCUUUUUAAAAGAACAAAUGAAAAGAGGCUCAUCCUCUACGUCUCCCAGUAUAUCAAGUAGUCAACCUAGUUCCCCUAUUGCUGCUACCACGAAUACUAUGAUGCCUGCCCCUGUAAAUGCUACUACUAAGGCAUCCUCUGUUAGUUCAUCGACAUCGUCCGCUAAUAGCACCCGAAAAAUAGUAGCCUACAAAACAAACCAUGGUCGUCAGUAUAUGCCUAGUGACGACGAAGACGAAGGAGAUCAAGUGGAAGAACCAAGUAGUGACGAAGAAGAAGAAGAGGAAGAAGAAAAGCAACGGCAGACAUCAAAUCAACGAAAAAGCGCAAAACAGAACAAGAACCCACCUUCUUCUUCUUCUCCUCGGCCCACACUUCACAACAGUGAUCCUCGAAUGAUAAUAACGCCACCUCCUCAUACGUCAAGACAGAAUGAUCGAUGGUUGACGAACGGAAGAAGAAUGAAAACAAUGAGUCAUUUACCAGCGCCAAGUGACGAUGAAGAGGAAGAUGACGACGAUGAAAAUGAGGAUGAAGAGGAGGAUGACAACAAUAGCAACGCCACGUUUGAAAAAGGUGCCACUACAAUAGCCAUUCCAGUACCCACCAUUGUCACUCCAUCCAAUAAACAGCAACCUCAACAAAAACCUGAAGAAAUAUUAACCAUGGCAGAAAUGAAUGCUCGUCGCUUGUCCACUUUAAGACAAUUGGAACGUGGACCCAGUUUACAUAGACGUACACGAUCCACAGGUGAUAUGACGCCGAUGCAGCCUAUUCCUGAAUCGACAACGCCUUUAGGUAUCACGAGUAUCCAUAACAAUAGUAAACUUGGCUCGAUUGAAGACUGGCGUAAAUCUGUUGUAUUGGAUACAGAAGCAUCCACGCCUACUACUUCUAGCGAACACUCGAUGGCUUCACCUAUCACUGAAGACGAUGAGCAGUUAGUGGAAGAAGUCGUUGCUCGAAAACGGAAUAUGAACAGCUUAAACAAGAAUUUCAUGGCCAACCAGAAACAAAUGCACCGUCGAUCUAUGCUGAAUGAUAUGGAUAUGCUGUAUCUUCAACAACAGCAACAAUAUCAAUAUCAACAGCAAUUAGCGGCGGCAGCGGCGGCGUAUCAAUACCAACAAGCAUUGCAAUUUCAGCAAUUUCAACAAAUGCAAUAUCAACAACAACAACAACAACAACAGCAACAGAUGAAGACGAAGCGUCAAAGUGUAUCUGCUAUGGAUUUGAUGCUACAAAUGGAACAAGAAAAAGCAGCAUUACGUAAAAAUAAGCAUAACAAGAAACCAGACCCCUCGAAAGCUAGUCUAAAAGAUGGAUUGCUAAGUCGAGUGCCUGAGCCUGGUCAACAUAACAUCAAUUUCCAGCAUCAUCAAUUAUUGAUGAAACAGCAACAGCAGCAGCAACAACAACAACAACAACGUACACAUAAUAGAAGGUCGCAACUUUUACAUGCCUCACCUAUUUUACCUACACCAAGUAUGUCUACACCUACAUUUCAUCAACCACAAUCCUAUUUAAUGCCUACCACACCAUCACCACCAUUACCAAUGAAAUAUAAUUUAUCACCUCAUCUAAUCCAUGCUAGUAAUAGUGCUACUAAUAUGAGCAAUAGUAAAAAACGUACAAGUCAUUAUUCCUUGAAACAAUAGGCCAUGUACAUAUAUUCCUUUUUAUUUCCCCGCUUACACCCCCCAACCUCAACCCCUUUCAUUGAAUGAUAGACACAUAAUUUACUAGAUUAUAUCAUGAAACGUUCAUCGUUACAGAAGCAACAAUA